AUGAUCAUGUUAGCAAUAACAACAACAACAACAACAACAACAACAACAACAACAGCAACAAUGAGUAGAUUUAUAUUAAGAGAAUUUUCAAAAGAAAAGGAUGAUUUAAAAGUUAUUUCAUCAAUUCCACGUUUACCAAACACCCACAACAACAAUAAUAAUAAUAAUGGAGUGUUGGAGGGAAUGUCACAUCCAAUCGAUUUUAAUAUUAGACCAACAUUGACAAGAAAUAAUAAAAUUGUAGUGGCAGAGGAUGUACAUCAACAACAAACAAUUGGUGCAUACGCUUGCAAUAUUAAAGAUAUGAUUAUAUGUGGUGAAAAAAAAACAGUCUACUAUGUCUUUGAUGUCAACGUUCAUCCAGAAUAUCGUGGUCACUCCAUUUCUAGUAUGUUUUUUAGAGAUAUUCACCAAGCUGUCAAAGAUCGUCAAUCUUCCAUCAUCGUUGCAUCGACAUCCAAAUCCAAUACACCAAUUAAAAAGGCAACUGCCAAUGUAGAGAUGCAACCACAAUAUGACCAGUACCAAAUGGCUUGGAGAUUGGAUCAACCUGUCAUUGUCGAUGUCAUUCCACACAAGAUGAAGAAGAAGGAUGUAGUAGUUGAAUUUACAAAAUGGGAUAAUGCAUUCAAGCAAUACAACUUUAUUCCCUCCAACUUUUCAGAUAUCCUUGUUGACAAUGAAAAGUACCAUGAAUCUACUUUUAUGGCCACUAUCAAACGUGAUGAAGAUAGUCAAUGUUACGAAGCAUCUAUAUCAGUUUGGAAUCAAGAUCUAAUCUUUACACUAAAGAAUAAUCAGAAUGAGGAGACACAAAAGCAUCGUCAACUCUAUUGUUGUUAUUCUUUAGGUAAAGAUCAACAAGUUAGAGACCAACUAUUUAGAUAUCUAUUGCAACGAGUACACAAUGAAUUGUAUUCCAAAGGUAUCAAUUAUGUAUUUGCAGGCUUCUCAAUGACCGAUCCAAUUAGACACCACUUUCCACUAGUAUCUGGUAUCAAGACGUUAGAGUUUACAUCUGUAGCUAGAUUCUCUUCUGUUGGUGAACACAAUCAAUUCAGAUUGCAAUCAUCCUAUCCUAUUUGGAAUGAUCCUCGUGAUUAUGGAAUAUUAAUGUUAUAUCCGGAUGAACAAUAA